AUGUUUUUGGUUGAAGAUGGAUUGAAUGAGUUUAGUGGUGAUGAGAUUAGUAGGCAGAUGGAGGCAUCAGGGGAGGGGGAGUUGUCGCGUGUUUUGAGGCAGAGGGAUUGGGUUCACUAUUGGAUUUGGGGAUUUUGUCUUCUUCUUUUAGUGUUGUGGAAAUCAAGAGUAGUUUCUUACCUAAGUAUGGUUUCAGAUACUCCUAUAAUGGCUAGCUGGUUCAAUUGUCAACGAUGUGAAAAUGAUGACUUCAAUGUAGAAUACGAUACUGGGAUUAGGCAUUCUGUUAUUAUUGAGGAAAUCGAUGAUGAAGAUUUCAAUGGUUUAGAGGAAAGUCAAGUAACUACUGUAUCUAGUAUAGAAAAUAAAAAGCAACCAUAUUUGCUAGAGUAUGGUGAGAAGGAAAGAGUUGGGAUUGAAAGAGACAGUACAACAGUUGGGGGUGACAUAGAGAAAGAAAGAGUUGGAGUUGAAAGAAAUAGUGCAACAGAAAGAGUUGGGAUUGAAAGAGACAGUACAACAGUUGGGGGUGACAUAGAGAAAGAAAGAGUUAGAGUUGAAAGAAAUAGUGCAACAGUUGGGGAUGACAUAGAGAAUGAGAGAGAUGGGAUUGAAAGAGAUAGUGGAACAAUUGGGGGUGACAUAGAGAAUGAAAGAGUUGGGGUUAAAAGAGACAGUGCAACAAUUGAGGGUGACAUAGAGAAUAAAAGAGUUGGGGUUGAGAGAGACAAUACAAUAGUUAGGGCUAACAUAAAGAAUGAAAAAGUUGAGGUUGAGAUNGGUGACAUAGAGAAUGAAAGAGUUGGGGUUAAAAGAGACAGUGCAACAAUUGAGGGUGACAUAGAGAAUAAAAGAGUUGGGGUUAAGAGAGACAAUACAAUAGUUAGGGCUAAUAUAAAGAAUGAAAAAGUUGAGGUUGAGACAGACAAUGAAACUUCUGAUGGGCCUAAUUUUCAUGAUAGUGAAUAUGAUGUAGAAGAAGAUGAGAAAAUAUUUGAGGUUUAUAUUGACAUAAAUGCUAAAUGGGCAGGUGUGACUAACAUUGGGAAGGGUGUGAAAAAGGAGGAAUCAACAGACCAUGGUGUGACUAACAUUGGGAAGGGUGUGAAAAAGGAGGAAUCUGCAGACCAUGGUGAUGCUAAGAAUAAUGGUGUUGAGUCUGAUAAUGCACCAUCUAAUGGAUUGUUGAGUAUAGAUGGUUCCUCAUCAGAAGAUGAUAAUAAUAAAAGGAGAAUGUCAAAGAGUGGAAACAUAGCAUCAACACAGAGAAGUGUGCGUAGGAGUGGAAACACAACUACUACUACUACAACAGAUGUGACCAAAGAAAAGGUUGCAAAUGCAAGUGUUGGAGUUGAAAAAGGUGUUCAGUCACAUAGGAAAUAG